AUGGGCGAUUUUAAUGCGCACGUCGGAGUAGACGUUGAAAAGUGGAACGGCGUGAUUGGGAAAAAAGGCCCUAGCGACCUCAAUAAUAACGGCAUAAUGUUGUUGCGGUUCUGUGCAAACAACGGAUUGUCCAUUAUGAACACCUUCUUCGAGCAUCGAACAGUGCAUCAGUACACCUGGUACCGGGAAGCUUGUGCACAGAAGUCGAUGAUCGAUUUGAUAAUC